AUGGUGUGGAUCACUGAUUUGGGAUGCAUGUCACAACGCCUAUACACCGUUUCGCUAUACGAUACCCUAGGCCCCGACGCGACCGAGUACAUCAUCAACCACGCAGAGUUGAAUUGCGUCGUAACCUCACUGAACCAUGUUGUCCCCCUCCUAAAAUUGAAGCCGCGACUACCGGCUCUCAAGCUGAUCGUUGUCCUCGACCCUCUGUCGGCUGGCGAACAAGCUGGUUUCUCCAAGAGCGAUAUGUUGAACGCUAUGGCAAGUGAUCUGGGUGUCUCCAUCCAUUACAUCGGGGAUGUAGAAGCUCUGGGUGAGAGGCAACCGUUACCCUACAACCCCCCUACGCCCGACGAUAUCGUUACCAUCAACUACACAUCCGGUACUACGGGAGACCCGAAGGGAGUCGUUUUGUCUCACCGAGCUGCGCAAGCAGGAAUUUGCUCGUCUCUCAUACUGCUCGGCGGUACAAAUUCUGGAGUAUAUGCUUCGUUCCUUCCCCUUGCGCAUAUUUACCAGCGGUUAGGAGAGCAUGGUGCACUCAGCACGGGCUCCUGCAUUGGCUAUUUCCACGGUAACAUCGCAGAGCUGGUGGAUGACCUCAAGGUUCUCAGGCCAACUCUUGUCUCUGGUGUGCCGCGCCUGUAUAACAGGUUCGGAGGUGCCAUCAAAGACGCCACCGUCCAGCAAACCGGCGUAAAAGGUGCGCUAUCCCGCCACGUAGUCUCCAAGAAGCUCGCCGCUAUCAACGACAAGCACAACCCCAGCAACACCCACCUCCUCUACGACCGCAUCUGGUCUAAGAAAGUUGCCGCCGGCCUCGGUCUCGACCGCGUCAAGACCAUGGUUUCCGGCUCCGCCCCCAUCGACCCUUCUCUCCUCCAAUUCCUCCGCAUCGUUUUCAGCAACAACUUUCCCCAGGGCUACGGUCUCACCGAAACUUACGCCAUCGGUAUCGUUCAGAGCGAAGGUGACUUCUCCGCCGGCUCGUGCGGCGGCCCCGCCCCCUGCGCAGAAGUCUGCCUCCUCGAUGUCCCCGACAUGGAGUACCUCUCCACGGACAAGCCCCACCCGCGCGGCGAGCUGCUCAUGCGGUGCACGUCGCAGUUCCGCGAGUACUUCCGCAACCCGGAGGAGACGGCCAAGGCGGUCGACGCAGACGGCUGGUUCCACACAGGCGACAUCUGCUCGGUCGACGAGCUCGGCCGCUUCAAGAUCAUCGACCGCAGGAAGAACGUGCUCAAGCUCCAGCAGGGCGAGUACAUCAGCCCUGAGCGCAUCGAGAACGUGUACCUUGCCAACUGCGGUUGGAUGGCUACUGCGUACGUGCACGGCGACAGCCACCAGUCGUUCCUCGUCGGCAUCUUUGGCGUUGCGCCGGAUCUUUUCCCUGCUUUCGCGAGCAAGGUGCUGGGCGAGAAGAUUGCGGUUGGCGAUGUUGAAGCUCUGAAGGCGGCGCUCAAGAAUAAGAAGGUGGAGAAGGCUGUCUUGAAGGAACUGGACCGAGUGGGUAAGAAGAACAAGUUCAACAGCUAUGAGAAGGUAAGGGCUGUGAGGUUGUUCUUGGAUCCGUUUACCGUCGAUAACCAGCUUUUGACGCCGACGCUCAAGCUGAAGCGUCCACAGACUGCAAAGGCAUUCAGACAACAUCUCGACGACUGCUACGAGGAGGCGCUUGCCGAGGAGGCAAGCGGCAAGGCAAAAGCCAAGCUAUAG